CCGCCUCUCGAACUCAAUAUGGGGGCGGUCGGUUGCAUCGGCCAAGGAAGACAGAUCAUGAUAUGGAUAUCGACAAUGAAGCGUCUUCAUUGCGUCUGACAACUCCUGGGGAAGUAAUAUCCGAUUCCUCAGCCGUCCUGAGGGGUCAUGGAACUUAUGUCGAGGACGAGGAUGUAGUAGCGUCGCUUGCUGGAGUGGUCUCUCGUGUAAAUAAAUUGGUGGUUGUGAAGGCGCUAAAGUCUAGGUACAUACCAGAAGUGGGCGAUCUUGUGGUUGGACGAGUUGUGGAUGUUGGGUCAAAGCGUUGGAAAGUGGAUAUCAACUCGCGAUUAGAUGGUAUUCUCAUGCUUGCUUCCGUUAAUCUUCCGGGGGGCAUUCAGGCAGGUCCUAGACCUCCCCGCAGAAGGCUCGAAGCUGAUGAGUUGCAAAUGAGAAACUUCUUCGAAGAAGGCGAUUUACUCGUAGCGGAAGUUCAAUCGUUCUUCGCUGAAGGAUCAACUGCUCUCCACACCCGUUCUCUCAAGUUUGGAAAGUUGCGCAACGGUCAACUAGUAACUAUACCCUCCACUUUGGUGCGGCGUCUCAAGUCGCAUUUCUUCUCUUUAACAUGUGGGGUGGAUAUCAUCCUUGGCAUGAAUGGUUACAUUUGGGUACAGAAACAUACCGCUGCCAACCAAAAAGAGGGUGAAGAGGGAUUUGACUCUGAAGCUGUCUACUCAAACGUUAACGACGACAUCGAUUGGAUGACGCGUGCGGCGAUAGGUCGCGUCUCGAACAUUAUUCUUGUCUUCGCUCGCUAUCAGUUCCCACUCACUGACACAUUGCUGAACGAAGCAUACGAUUGGAUCACAGAUAAUGAGAUCGAUGUAAAGAACAUUUUGUCGGAAGAGGUUGCCGAAUCUUUGAUGAUAGGACUCAUGCAGUCAUAGGUACAAUAAUGAUAAAAUCCUCAAGUCGAUACAUAGGUCGCAUGAGUCUCGCGCGUAACUAUAAAGGGGUCACCGUUUUUCAAUCAAUGGUCUGAAGGUAUUUGUGCGCCUUGCCCAGCGCCCAAAUAGUA